AGGUGCCAGGAGGACGCGGCCACUAGCGUGGAGCCCACCUAUAACAUCGCCAUGCGAGCGGCAUCAACGCGACCACCGAGAGCUAGCGCCCCAAUGAUGACCGCGCGAGCUGGGCAUCUCUCUUUCGAAACGUCGCGCAGGCCUGUCCCGCGCGACGCCACAGACCAGUCCCCGAUCGUCAGCCCCUCGGAUCGCUGA